AGCAAAAAAAUAGUUUUGUCUUUAGAUCAAGCCACAUGUACUCCUCCUCUCCCCAAUCUCAACGCCUCUCCCUCGCGGCCUUCUCUCCUCCUCCAGAUCAAGCGACGGCGGCGGCGGCGGCGGAGGAGGAGGAGGAAGACGAGGAGGCGGAGCAUGCGAGGCUUUUCCCCUGCCCUUACUGCGACCGUAAGUUCCUCAAAUCCCAAGCCCUCGGCGGCCACCAGAACGCCCACAAACGCCAGCGCACCUUUUUCCUCCACCUCCCUCCUCCUCCUCCGAUUCCGCCGCCGGUCUUCCCCAUCUCCGCCCACGGCUUCAGAUCCGCCCCCUACGACCGACCCACCGGCGCCGUCGCCGCCGCUCGGUUCGUCGCCGUCCGCGGGAGGGCAAACUGCGACGCCGAGGACGACCAGACGCUCGAUCUGCUCAACUGGAGACGGGGAUCCUACUGUCGCCCAGAGGCGCCGGCGGAUCUCGGCGACGCCGCCGGCGAGCCGACGACGGAGCUUGAUCUGUCUUUGAGGCUUUAGCUUUUCGCUUGCCUUACGUGUCUUUAUGUUUUGCUAUUGGCCAAAGAUAGAUAAAUAAAUAAUAUCUUCUAUUGAUGACGUCA